GGACUCCAUGAAUUCAUUUUCCCUCUGGAAGAAAGAAAGAUGUUGUAGUUCAGAGCUGCUGCAUAUUCCACCCUAAGAAUUUACAUGAAAUUCUGUGGCACAGUUUCAGAAAUCAAAAAGGUCAUUCUUAUGCAAUAGGCUAAAAGUAAUUUCAAUGUGCAGGAUGAAAAAAUGGCACAGACACUGCUGGUACCACCAGGACCUGACAGUUUCUGCUUUUUUACUAGAGAAUCUCUUGCAGCUAUUGAAAAACGGUGCACAGAAGAGAAAGCGAAAAGGCCCAAACAAGAACAUACGGAUAACGAUGAUGAGAGUGGGCCAAAACCAAAUAGUGACUUGGAAGCAGGAAAAACACUUCCCUUUAUAUAUGGCGAUAUUCCUCCUGGAAUGGGGUCCGAACCAUUGGAGGACCUGGACCCUUACUAUAGCAAUAAAAAAACCUUCAUUGUGUUGAAUAGAGGGAAGACAAUUUUCCGAUUCAGUGCCACAUCUGCCUUGUACAUUUUAACCCCUUUUAAUCCUCUCAGAAAAAUUGCUAUUAAAAUUUUGGUACAUUCAUCUUCGUGUUUUCAAAUUAGCAAAAUCCUGGCCAACGUUAAAUAUGCUGAUCAAAAUUAUUGGCAACUCUGUUGGUGCUUUGGGAAAUCUGACUUUGGUCCUGGCCAUCAUUGUCUUCAUUUUUGCUGUGGUUGGUAUGCAGCUCUUUGGUAAAAGCUACAAGGAAUGUGUGUGCAAGAUCGCAGAAGAUUGUGAACUCCCUCGCUGGCACAUGAAUGAUUUUUUCCACUCUUUCUUGAUCGUGUUCCGAGUUCUUUGCGGAGAAUGGAUAGAAACCAUGUGGGACUGUAUGGAGGUUGCAGGCCAAACCAUGUGCCUUAUUGUUUUCAUGUUGGUCAUGGUGAUUGGAAAUUUAGUGGUAUUAAACCUGUUUCUAGCCUUGCUCCUGAGCUCCUUCAGUUCAGACAAUCUUGCUGCUACUGAUGAUGAUAAUGAGACGAACAAUCUCCAGAUUGCUGUAGCGAGGAUUCAGAAAGGAAUAGAUUACAUUAAGAAAAAAUUGGGAGAAAUUGUCCAAAAAGGCACAGUUAGAAAGCAGAAAGCUAUAGACGAUAUCAAAGUCCUUGAAGAACUAAACCACAAGAAAGAUGUCUGCAUUUCCAACCACACCAUGGCUGAAAUAACUAAGGAUGUUAAUUAUCUGAGAGAUGGAAAUGGAACGACCAGUGGUUUAGGAACAGGCAGCAGUGUGGAAAAAUAUAUUAUUGAUGAGAAUGAUUACCUGUCAUUUAUAAACAAUCCAGGCCUUACUGUAACUGUACCAAUCGCAGUGGGAGAGUCAGAUUUUGAAAAUAUAAACACAGAAGAAUUUAGCAGUGAAUCUGAGCUGGAAGGAAGCAAAGAGAAGAUAAAUGCCACCAGCUCAUCUGAAGGCAGUACUGUGGAUGUUGCCCUGCCAGGAGAGGGGGAGCAGGCAGAGAUUGAACCCGAAGAAGCUCUUGAGCCUGAAGCCUGUUUCACGGAAGGCUGCAUCCAAAAGUUCCCAUGUUGUCAAGUGAGUAUAGAAGAUGGCAAAGGAAAAAUCUGGUGGAAUUUUAGAAAAACCUGCUACUGCAUUGUUGAGCAUAACUGGUUUGAAACAUUCAUUGUAUUUAUGAUUCUCCUCAGCAGUGGUGCUCUGGCCUUUGAAGAUAUAUAUAUUGAACAGCGUAAGACUAUCAAGACAAUGCUGGAAUAUUCAGACAAAGUCUUCACAUACAUUUUCAUUCUAGAAAUGCUUUUGAAAUGGGUGGCCUAUGGCUUCCAGAUUUAUUUCACAAAUGCCUGGUGUUGGCUGGAUUUUUUAAUUGUUGAUGUUUCAUUGGUCAGUUUAGUAGCCAAUGCACUAGGCUAUUCUGAAUUAGGAGCCAUUAAAUCACUUCGAACACUAAGAGCAUUGAGGCCUUUAAGAGCUCUGUCACGUUUUGAAGGAAUGAGGGUGGUUGUUAAUGCCCUUGUUGGAGCAAUUCCCUCCAUUAUGAAUGUGCUUCUGGUUUGUCUCAUAUUUUGGCUGAUCUUUAGUAUUAUGGGUGUGAAUCUCUUUGCUGGCAAAUUCUACCAUUGCGUUAAUACCACAACGGGUGAAAUGUUCAACAUCAGUGAUGUCAACAAUAAAACUGAAUGCGAUGAGCUAAUACACAACAAUCAGCAAGCCCGAUGGAAAAACGUGAAAGUUAACUUUGAUAACGUUGGGGCUGGUUAUCUUGCUCUGCUUCAAGUUGCUACUUUUAAAGGGUGGAUGGAUAUUAUGUAUGCGGCUGUUGAUUCACGGGAUGUAGAAGAACAACCCUAUUAUGAGGAUAACCUAUAUAUGUAUCUUUACUUUGUUAUCUUCAUCAUCUUUGGAUCAUUUUUUACCUUAAACCUCUUCAUUGGUGUCAUUAUAGAUAAUUUCAAUCAGCAAAAGAAGAAGUUUGGAGGACAAGACAUUUUUAUGACAGAGGAACAGAAAAAAUAUUACAAUGCAAUGAAAAAGCUGGGUUCCAAAAAACCACAAAAGCCGAUACCAAGACCAGGGAAUAAAUUUCAAGGAUUAGUCUUUGACUUUGUAACCAAACAAGCCUUUGACAUCACUAUCAUGAUUCUUAUUUGCCUUAAUAUGGUCACCAUGAUGGUUGAAACAGAUGACCAAAGUAAAGAAAUGGAAAUUAUUUUAUCCAGGAUUAACUUGGUAUUCAUAAUUCUUUUCACUGGAGAAUGUGUACUCAAACUGAUUUCACUUCGUCAUUAUUAUUUUACCAUUGGCUGGAAUAUUUUUGAUUUUGUCGUCGUCAUUCUCUCCAUUGUAGGAAUGUUCCUCGCAGAGAUUAUUGAGAAAUAUUUUGUGUCCCCCACCUUGUUCCGAGUAAUUCGACUUGCCGAAGAAAGUGCUGAACCUCUGAGCGAGGAUGAUUUUGAGAUGUUCUAUGAAGUCUGGGAAAAGUUCGAUCCAGAUGCAUCCCAAUUUAUAGAAUAUAGUAAACUUUCCGAUUUUGCUGCUUCAUUGGAUCCUCCUCUUCUGAUUGCCAAACCAAACAAUGUUCAGCUAAUUUCAAUGGACCUGCCCAUGGUGAGUGGCGAUAGAAUCCACUGCCUUGACAUCUUGUUUGCUUUUACAAAGCGUGUCUUGGGAGAAAGCGAAGAAAUGGAUUUACUCAGAGUGCAGAUGGAAGACCGCUUCAUGGCAGCCAAUCCAUCCAAAGUUUCAUAUGAACCAAUCACUACCACAUUAAAGCGAAAGCAGGAGGAGGUGUCCGCUACCAUUAUCCAGCGGGCUUUCAGGCAUUUCCUCCUCAAACAGAAAGUUAAAAAAGUAACUUCUAUGUAUAAUAAAGAAAAAUGCAGAGAUGGCGAGGUCCUACCCAUCAAAGACGUGACCUCUGAUAGGUUUAAUGGGAAUUCCAGUCCAGAGAAAACCAAUGAGAGUUCCUCGACCACCUCUCCCCCUUCCUAUGAUAGUGUUACUAAGCCAAACAAAGAGAAAUAUGAAAAGGGCAAAACAGAGAGAGACUUUAAAGGGAAAGAUAUAAAAAUUAGCAAAAAGUGAAAAACGAUCAUUUGUAUUAUUUGUUCUUCAACCUGUUUACAGCCUUUGAAGGGGAUGUAUUUGUCAGCAAAGCUCCACUGGAGAGUUAUGCUAAACUGUCAGCAUUUAUAAAUAUAAAACCUGUAUAUCUAUGUAUAGAUAUAGACAUACAAAGAUAUGUCUCUAUACAGAUAUGUACGCUCUCUUUCAAGGUUAGUGCCUAUAACAAGACAGUGACCCCCCUAGUCACCGGACCUUAACUCUGGAAAUGGAGUGGCAGCCUUCAUUGCUCUAGCUGAAAAAGAGAAAAGGAACGACAUUGCUGCUCAGCAUAAAGUGGGCAAAGCUAUCACGCGUUCAGCAAGUCACAAGACACUUAAUUCAGUAAGUGUUCUCACUGUGUGUGUUCUUCAGCAGCCACAUUUGCCAUAUUUUCGCAUGUGCGCACGCGCACACGCACACACACACACAAAUACACAUUAUAGGUGAAUUUAUCAUUUUUUAAAAAAAAAAAUUCGCAGGGUGUUUAUAUAUGUGACUAUUUUUGUAAAUGGGGUUUCUGUUGUGGGAGGGAAGGGAUGGAGGAAGUAGGACCAGGUGUUCCACUCUCUAAUUCUCUAUAACCUUCAGACAGGGGAAGCAAUUUGCUCGAAGAGAUGCUGCGCGCUCCUAGAUUGUGUGUUGGAACCCUUGUGGCAUCAUCCAGUACAGGUUUUCACUGUUUGCUAUUUCAGCUUGGAGCAAUUUUAUACUUUCUGUUACGUGGCAACCUCUUAGCCCUACUAUUUAUACCAAUUCCAAGUUGCAUUAUUUUUUAUGCUGGUUACCAAAUCAGAAAGGGUGCACAUGCACAUACUUAUGUUUGUGUCUGUGUGUGCUAGCACACGUUGCACACACACACACACAUACAAGGAAUAUCUUAGUCCUAGGGAUUUGUCUCAACCCAGUCCCUUUGCCUAAGAUAGGAUUAUCUUUGCACUGAACAAUCACUUAGGUCACAGGUUAAUUCCUAAUACAUUGCAGCAGAUGGGAACAAGGACUACACAAAUGUCCUGUGUCGGAGCCGCCUGUUGAUUCAAAGUCACAGUUAAAACGUUCAGAGGGGAAAAAAAUAGAAAAAGAAAAUGCCCUGAAAGAAUGGACAAAAAAAAUUAGGAUUCUAUUUUGUCUUAAAAUACUGCGUAAUCAGCUGCUCUCUGUAUAGUAUAUGCCUACAUUCUUUUUAAAAAUAAUAUUGCUACAGGUAUAAGUUGCAAAGACCUGUUUGUACAUAUUUGAGCCUACAGUUGUUCUGGACACAACAUUAUUUCUGCAAACAUGUGCCCUAACAGGCCUAGCUUGCAAACUAUUGACAAAUCCUCGUACUCUGUGCCAUUAUAGAUAAUUUUGAUGGAAGAUGCUGAAGCUUGUGAAUAUUGCCAUUGCUACCAGUGUACU